GAGUCUGCUCGUUGAAUUCGAGUGGCUGGCCACCGCCUUCCAUUCGCCCCCCUCCCCCUCCGCCCGUUGCUGCAGGAGUCCUCUCCCCCUCUGACUGGAUACAUGAAGAAUUACCCGUAAACGACAUCUUCCCUGCAAUAAUGGGCCGCCAGCUAAUUACUGCGUUGACGUGUUGAUAUAAAAAUAUUUCAGAUAUCAAAUAUGAAUCAUGCAUUUGAUAUUUCUGGCAAAUUUGCUCUUGAGCAUUCUUGCGUCCUGGCUCCAUCCAUCCAUAGCGGCAAUUGUUUCUCAAGGAGGAGAGAAUGAGGUGGUGGAGAGGGACGCAGUGUCAUUAUUGUCGGAGCGAGAGGCAACUGCAGCAGCGGCCACAGGCAACACAAGUCACCGUGCGGCUGAGCAUGUGAUCACCUACCCCUCUCGGCUCAUCUACUACCUGAACGAGGACUCAGAGAGCACCUACCAUGACCUGGACACCCGGGCUAGGAGCCAGGUCACAGAGGGUCAUGACCAGGCGGUCCACCUUGCUCAAGCCAGUUUCCAGUUAGAGGCCUUUGGCUCCAGAUUUGUACUGGACCUAACGUUAAACAAUGACUUGUUGUCGGCGGAUUAUGUGGAGAUCCACUAUGAGGAGGGUAAACCUGUUCUAUCAAAGGGUGGUGAGCACUGUUACUACCAUGGCCAGGUGAGGGGGGAAGAUGACUCUAAUGUGGCCUUGUCUACCUGCAAUGGGCUGCACGGAAUGUUUGAUGAUGGACUCUAUGUGUAUCUAAUUGAGCCUUUGCAACAGACUCACUCAAUUGAUACAGCUGCACGACCCCACUCUCUGCGCAGGAGGCCCACCCUCCAGAGGAACAAUGACCAAGAGGAACUGGUGGAGGAGGAGCAGCUGCUUUCAGAGCUGGAGGACAUGUCCUGGCUGAAGCGCAGGAAAAAGCGGGCUAUGCCUCGGAAUGUCUUUGAGGAAAUGAAGUAUUUGGAGAUUAUGAUUGUCAGUGACCACAAUAUGUAUAAGCGACACAAGGCCAAGCAGCACACCAGGAACUUUGCCAAGUCGGUGGUGAACUUUGUGGAUGCUAUCUUUAAGGAGCACCUGCACACACGGGUAGUUCUGGUUGCCGUGGAGAUAUGGACGGACAAGGACCACAUUCCCAUCAGUGUGAAGCCACUGGACAUGCUGAAAGAUUUCUCUAAGUACCGGGCGCAGAGCAUCAAGCAGCAUGCUGACUCUGUGCACCUCUUCACCAAUGUGACCUUCCACUACCGCCGGAGCAGCGCAGCGUACUUCGGGGGCAUGUGCUCUGUGAGCCGUGGAGUAGGGGUAAACGAGUAUGGCACCACGUGGACCAUGGCUUCGUCACUCUCCCAGAGCUUGGCACAGAACCUCGGCAUCCAGUGGGAUCCAGCCGCCAAGAGAAAGGAAUGUGGCUGUGCCGACUCCUGGGUGGGCUGCAUCAUGGAGGAUACUGGGGUCCAGCAUCCCCGGAUGUUCUCCAAAUGCAGCAUCUCAGACUAUAAGGAAUUCCUGCUGAAAGGUGGUGGAUCCUGUCUUUUUAACAGGCCAAACAAGCUGUUUGAAUCCACAGAGUGUGGGAAUGGAUACAUUGAGGUGGGAGAGGAGUGUGACUGCGGCGCUAGAUCUGAGUGCUACAAGGAGUGCUGCAAGAAGUGUUCCCUAGCUAAUGGUGCACAUUGUGCUGAUGGACCUUGCUGCAACAACACUUGUCUGUUCUACCCGCGAGGUUAUAGUUGUCGCUAUGCGGUGAAUGACUGUGACAUCUCAGAGACAUGCUCAGGAGACUCUGGCCAGUGCCCUCCUAACCUUCACAAACAAGAUGGCUACCACUGUCAAGUCGACCAGGGACGCUGCUAUGGUGGAGAGUGCAAGACCAGGGGGAACCAGUGCAAAUACCUCUGGGGUUCAAAGGCGGGAGGCUCCGAGAAGUUCUGCUAUGAGAAGCUCAAUACAGAGGGAACAGAGAAGGGAAACUGUGGGAAGGAUGGAGAGAAAUGGCUCCAGUGCAGCAAGCACGAUGUGUUCUGUGGGUCCCUGCUGUGCAGCAACAUAGGACGCAACCCCCGCAUCGGGAUGAUGAAGGGAGACAUCACCCCCACCUCCUUCAACCAUCAGGGCAGGCUGGUGGACUGCAGUGGUGGCCAUGUUCUUUUGGACGAUGAGACUGAUUUAGGCUAUGUGGAGGACGGGACGCCCUGUGGGCCGUCCAUGAUGUGCCUUGACCGCAAGUGUCUGCCCAUCCAGUCCCUCAACAUGAGCGCCUGCCCAAGCGGGCCCAACAGCCAGGUGUGCUCAGCCCACGGGCAUGCGGUAACCAUUGAACCUGGGACCUAUUCACUUGUUAUGGAGCAUAGGUUAAUGAAGUCCUCCCUGCCCGCCUCUCUUGCUCCCUCUAUCAUACCUGGCCAGGUGUGUAACAAUGAGGCGACGUGCACCUGUGACACGACAUGGGCGGGGACAGACUGCAGCAUGCCCGACCCCCCCAAGGAGCCUGCACCCGCAGAAGAUGAAGGACCAAAGGUGAGCGUGGCAACUAACAGGCUGAUAGGGGCAGUAGCAGGGACCAUUCUGGCCCUGGGGGUGAUUUUUGGAGGCACGGGGUGGGGAGUAGAAAAUGUGAAGAAGCGACGGUACGACCCCAACGCCAGUGCCAUAUAAGGCCGGAGGAGAGGUCGAAGGGCACAGAGGGAUCUUCUGGACUGCACUUACAGCUGCUGAUUUUUGGCAUUAGAUUUACUUGAAAAAGAAAUAGAGGACAAUUUAACAAAUUCCAUCUUAGUCAUGUAGAAAUGCAGCCUUCUUCAACCCCACCCACCUAACAACCCCAUCCUGAUCUCUAGAGCCACAGAACUCCUCUCCUUUUCCUUUCAUCGUUAGUGCCAGUGCACAGGCGUUCAGGCGGAACUCACACCAUUAUAUUCUCUCACCAGGCAUGAUUUCCCGCACAGAGCGUGCAGCUCGCUGGCUCUGGCAUGAGGGGCCCUCGCUAAAGGACUUUGCAUGGCUACCAAAGCUAUGAACGACACACAGCAAAUCAACAAACAAAACAAAAAAAGAAGAGAGAAAUCACGACUGAAUCGUCAAAUGGAGGAGAAUAGCCUCAUUAAAAAAACAAACCCGGUGGUAGCCUGAACAGGCUCCUCCUCCUUAGGUCACCACAAUGAGAGGAAGAGGACUGCAUGCUAGAACCCAAAUGGGAAAUGCAGACCACAUUCAAUAAAUUGAAGCAUAUAUCGGGCAACAUUGUACAUAAAAGAGGAGAACGAGUUCAGAUUCUGAAUUAUAACAUAUCAUUUUACACUGACACACUCUGCUUCUGUUUUAUCUUUAAGCAUGUUGUAUAGCGGGUGUUUUUGGCAAUGUUAAUGAAAAACAGUAACGCAAUUAUGAUUUGGGCCAAAAUGCUAUGGAUAACCAGACAAUGUCAUAGUCUGUCUAUUAGGUGUUACCACACGCUACAUUCUGUAUUUAUCCAAUAUAGAGGUCAUGGGUCAGGUUCAGUAUACACAGUACAGAUGAGAGGUCAGAUUUAGGGGUCUACAUGUGUCUUCUCUAGAGGUCAGGGGCACAGCGAUGGUGACAGAAAGAAUGAUCGCGGAUUAUCCAGUCUAUGACUGACGUCAUGGGGUUCCUUAAGUACUUCCAGUAGUGACUCAAAAGCCAAAGAAUCAAUCACGUGGAAUGUUUGGAUGUUGUCGCACACAGAGCACUUUCCCCUUUGUCUGCAGUCUGUGUGCCUCUCUCUCCCAGUGCUGCAGACAGGCAUGCAGUGUGUCCCUGCAGAUUAGUCCCAACUGUGUUACCAGGUGGUGUCACUAUUUAACAGUCCUCAUCAACACCCACUAUACUGGCUAGCUUGGCGCUCUCCAUAAACUCUUGCUAGAAAUCAAGUUCAGCUCUACUGGUACGCUGCAUGCAUUCACACUAUAGUGGGCUUAUAAUUCUAUAAGGGAGUCCCAAAAAUCCGCAAGCUAAAAUACGCUACAAAAGAUAGGUGCAUGUCAACAAACAAAACAUUUAACUUUUAUUUCUAUGCAAAGAAAGAUAUUGCACAAACUUAUGGGUUAUUAAAUGUAAUAAUGAUAUCAGUAUAAACAUGGAACAAAAACCUUUGCGAAUCAGACAACCUUUUGUAUUCGGCCACUCCCACAUCUCGUUUCAUUUAGCUUCAAAGUACUGAACUAAAGAAUGGAAAAGCAUAAUUAAAUUCAUACGUCCAAGUGAAAAGAACAUCCUUUUACGUUUGUGGAAUCAAAGGCAAAUGUUAUUUUUGUGUGUUUUUCCACCAAUCUAAGAUGACAUUUCUAAUCUGACAUACUGUAUGUGCCGAGGCCUCAACAGGUUACUUUUCCAGGACUUUAGUUUCCAGCCCAGCUGACAGACAGACAGUUGGUGUGUUCCAGGUGCUGCCAUAGCACUGGCAUUGUGUAAACCUCCAUAUUAGUCAUCAUCUCGUGUCCCUAUCAACACUGCAUCAUGUACAGUUGGACCGACGAAUAAACUACUGAAGUAUUUUA